UAAAAGUGGUUUAUAUAUUUUUAUAUAUAAAAAAAAUCGUGAUAAAAAUAUAUCUUUUUAGCUGUAAUUUGUGAACUUUUGCUGUCCUGCGCGACUGUUGUAUUCUAUUUUUGCAAGAAAAAUAUAUAUGACUAAAAAUGACUGAACCUAGCGAAGCAUGGCUGGAUUGGCACUUCAAAACACAGCUGCUCACCUACAAGGAGGAGGACUUCUCGGCGGCCUGUAAUUCGGAUCGCGUGAUCAUGACCAAAUGGUUACAGGUGUUAAAGGCAGCGCCAGCCAGCCAGAAGAUGGCCCGCAAUAGUUUGAUGCUACUCAUGCACGGCCACAUUGGAGACUUUGGCUUCCUAAGAGCCCCAUUUACGGAUGUCAAUAAUUGCUAUAGAGAUCUAAACCAGGUUAUAAAUGGCUAUCAUGGGAUUUCACUACUUAAGCCGGUGAAUAACGCCAGAUUUAUGGGUAACAACCAAGAGAAGAAGGGACCGCAACGCAUUGCGGGUGGAAGAACUACCACUCGUUCCAGAUCCCUGAAAGGGAUCCCUAAACGCUUGAAACUGGAUCCCAUUACGGAGGUCACUGAACCUUCUAGCGCCUUUGCCAGCAGGGUUAAUCUGCUUGAAUGCGAUUCCCCAAGGGUUCCUUUGGCGCCUGCAAGCACUAAUGUCAGGCAGAAGGUUCAAGCCAUCGAAAAGGAGUUGUCCAUGAAUAAGCCACCUCCAAUGCAAGGCUGUUUCAUGCGAAGCUGCCGUAAUGACGCAAAGUUAUUCUCCUCCAUUGGAGAUGCCAAUCGGCUAUCACAGAAUCCUCAUUUUCAUAGAAGACAGGAGAGGCUUGACACUCCCAGUCCUGUAAGCAAGCUCACAGCUCCAUUGCCAAAUCAGUGCACUCAUCAAAGCCACUGCAAUGAUACCGAAGAGGCCUCCCCUAAUCAGGAUCCCUAUAUUCAACAAUGGAAGCCCCCUUGUGGCUGCUCUAGUGCUGUACAAAAUGUGAAAAACUGUUUCCAGGAAAUAUCAGAGCUUUUAAAAAGUCCAGCCAAAAAUGACACUCCUGUCUUGGAAAGUAUCAGAGCCACGGCUCCACCACCUGAAUCCCCUAAGGCUUUUCAAAAGAUCAAGGCUCUCUCCUCGAAGACCCGACUCGAAGCCGGCCGGUCCAUUCCAAAUAGUUAUCGUCGAGAUAGAAGUAUAAUGGAUUUGCUGAGGCGUCAGGAAGAGUUAAGACUGCAGUGCCUGGAGUAUUACAACUUGGAUGGCACUCUCAAAGAUGACAAGGAACUGCCAGUACCAACAUCCCUGCCAGAUAGCAAAAUCGAUGGCUUCUCGAUUGGCGCCACCAAAGCCUUGGAACGUAUAAAAUGCUGGCGCGGAAAGCCCUAUCAGCUCAAGUUCUUUAGGACCAUUUUCCGGGGAUGUGGCCUCAAGUACGAUGUUACGGGACGUGUAAAGUCUUUGGAUCGUCGCCUCGAGCGGGUGGCUCUCCAAUGGCUGCACAGCACAAGGCGUCGCAGCAAUGUGCAUCAAAAUCCGCCAGAGAGUUUGAUGGAGCUGCUCGAAUAUCAGAAGGCUAUCAAAAAGGAGUACAUGGCUCAUCUGGCCGAGAUCCGAAAACUAUGUGAAAUCCAGUGCCGGGGAGUCAUUCCAAGCGAUAUCCUCAAGAAGAUGUUCCGUUGUCUGGACAAGGAGUACGAAUCGGCACAAGGAGGUGUAAAGAGAUUGGAUUGUCAGCUGGAGGACAUGUUAUCCAGCCCCUGCUAGGGUUUGUACUACUUGUAACAAAAAUAAACACCGUUAGCCGCUGCUCAUUAAUUCAUUUAAAUGCCAACUAACGCUUUAUUAAAUUACAAACCGGCGAGCGUGUAAAAGGGAUUCGGAAGAGAGCAGCUGGUGGCCGCCAUGGGGCCCUAGCCGAGGAUGACUACACAAUAAACAAACAAUCUACUCGUAAACAGCAGCCAUUUUUUAAUUAUGCACUGUUUCCGCUGCAGCUUUACGACAAAACCGAAAGCUGAGCUGAGGUGAACCGAGCUGGCGACGGAUAGACGACAUGAAUACCCUUUAAAAAAUUACCAAAUGAUUCAAAAAGGUUUUUUUAAUUAGAAGUAUGACUGCUACUUUUAUUUGUUCAUUUUGAGGAUUUUUUAAUAAAAUCUUUUGUACUUUAUAUUAUUGUAUUCAGUUUCUUCGAUC